UUCUGGACAUCCAUGGACGUGUUUUGGAUCCCUCGUCUCGCCAUCCUCAUCCUCCUCCACCAAACCACGAGCUCCAGCGACACCAGGGAGCUGAUCGGUGCCGUGGGCGGCUCUGUCACCUUCCGCAGCCACAACCCCGACAGCAGCGUGGCCCUCUGGAGCUUUGGGAGCGAUCCCAUCGUGACCGUGGUGUUCAGGAGCCCUCCUCGGCUCAUAUUUUUCGAAGACAAAUUCAAAACCCGUUUUGCCGCCUGCGAGAACGGGCACGCGCUCAGCAUCCGCCGGCUGAGGGUGGAGGAUGCCGGCACCUACUCGGUGACCAUCGGGGAUAAAAAAUCCACCUUCACCCUGCAGGUGUUCCGUAGGUGCUUUUAA